AUUUAAUGCAGUUGGAUGUUUGCCAGGGAUGUUUGAUGGAUGAUGAUAAUACAGAACGAUAAAAUGUCUGCUCCUUCUUCAAGGGAGCGUGCUCAACAGCUGUAUGACAAGAUAAAUGAGUUGGAGAAUCGGCGUCGAAGGUCUGCUCAGGCCCGAGUUCCAUCAGAUCCCAAUGCAUGGCAGCAGAUCCGUGAAAAUUACGAGGCAAUAAUUCUUGAGGAUCAUGCUUUUUCUGAGCAGCACAAUAUUGAAUAUGCUUUGUGGCAGUUGCAUUACAGGAGGAUUGAGGAACUAAGAGCACAUUUCAACGCUGCUCGUUCUUCUGGUUCAAACCCAUCGCAGAGUGUGAAGGGCCCUACACGGCCUGAUCGACUUACAAAAAUAAAACUGCAGUUUAAAACCUUUCUUUCAGAAGCAAGUGGGUUUUACCAUGAUUUAAUAGUGAAAAUCCGAGCAAAGUAUGGGCUUCCUCUGGGUUAUUUCUCUGAGAAUUCAGAUAACCAAAAUGUCACGGAGAAGGAUGGAAAAAGAUCUGCUGAAGUAAAAGGUUUGAUAUCAUGCCAUCGUUGUUUGAUAUACUUGGGCGACCUUGCACGCUACAAAGGAUUGUAUGGGGAGGGUGACUCCAAGACUCGUGAGUUUGCUGCAGCUUCAAGUUACUACUUGCAAGCUGCAUCACUUUGGCCAUCAAGUGGGAAUCCUCAUCAUCAG